CUAUUUAUUCUUAUAGAUAGAGAAUUUCAACGCCUUACUUUAUGAUCUAUAUUCCCGUUGUCUAUUCGAGUGGGCAAGCAGACAAAAAAAAAAGAUUUUCAUUUUAAUUGUGUUUAAUUAUGAGUUAGGUGUCAGUUCGGUUUUCCGGUCUAAAUUCAGAAUUUCAUUUGAAUAAUUAGUCAAAUACAUCGACAAUUGGAAAUCCUUGGCUUACGGUCCUAGGAUACGAGGAUUCAUGACUGCCAGUGUAAAUUACGAAAAGAAGCAAAAUGAUAAAUCUGAAGAUGUUAAAGCAAUCGACGAUCGUGCAUCUGUGUUUCGCUAUUUCGUAUUUCACAUCUGGAUUGCUGUUGAACUUUGUACAGGCGAUUUUAUACUUUGGACUUAAACCGUUCAACAAAAAAUUGUAUAGGCAAAUAAAUUAUUAUCUUUCAUAUUCAUUUUACAGUCAAUUAGUAUUCAUGGCAGAAUGGUGGGCUGGGUCAACCAUGUCGUUAUAUGUAAAAAAAGAUGAAUACGAAAAGUUUUAUGGAAAAGAACAUGGAUAUUUAAUUAUGAACCACAGUUAUGAAAUAGAUUGGUUGAUGGGAUGGCAAUUCUGUGAUGGAAUCGGCGUUCUAGGCAACUGUAAAGCUUAUGCUAAGAAAUCAAUUCAGUAUCUACCCCCGAUUGGCUGGAUGUGGAAAUUUUCAGAAUUCGUAUUUCUAGAAAGAUCUUUUGAAAAAGAUAAGGAAAUUAUCAAGAAGCAAAUAUCUGAACUUUGCGACUAUCCGGAUCCUGUUUGGCUAUUACUGACACCCGAAGGUACAAGAUAUACGAAAACGAAACACGAAGCGUCUGUUAAUUUCGCGAAGGAGAAAAAUUUGCCGAUUCUCAAGCACCACCUAACACCGCGCACUAGAGGCUUCACGACCAGCCUUCAGUUCUUCAGAGGGAAGAUACCGGCUAUUUAUAAUAUUCAAUUGGCUUUCGAAAAAGAGAGUAAGACUCCGCCAACACUGACAAGUUUAUUAUACGGGAAGCCAGUACACGCACACAUGUACAUUGAGCGGAUACCGGUUGAGAAUAUACCGGAGGAUGAAGCCGAAGCAACCAAGUGGAUGCACGAUCUUUUCGUCACAAAGGAUAAAAUGCAAGACUCAUUCUUGAAUACUGGAGAUUUCUUCUUACAAUCUGGUGUGGAGAGAGUUGAGGCUUUCACGUCGCGUCCGCGGAUAUACUCACUGUUGAACACUCUUGGCUGGGUGGUGAUCACACUAACUCCGAUGCUGUACUAUUUACUCGGUCUUCUGUUAAGCGGAAAGCUUUUGUAUUUCUCAAUUGGUUGCAUCAUAUUUGCCGCAUUUUUCGUUCUCUUACAAAAAUCUAUUGGAAUGUCAAAGAUAAGCCAAGGAUCUUCAUACGGAACUGAAAAGAAAUAACGCAAUUAAUAUAUUUUAAUUAAUUACAUAUUAAUAUGUAAAACAUCUAACAAAACUUUAAGUUAGUAUAUGUAGUUUAUUAAAUUUUAUUUUAAAUUUUUUCUUUUUUCUGUGUAAGCAAAAUAGAAAAAUAAUUGUUUUAUUAUAGUUGUGUGCAAUUUAUUGUUCGUUCAAAACGUUCAAUGUGUGUUUUUAAAUAUGUAAUGAAAUCGAUAGCUGAAUCGAAACUAAAUGUCGACCAUGAUUUUUAACCGCACAAACUAUGCAACUUGUCCCAAGAUAUACCUGGAUAGUUUAAAAAUGUGAAUUUUUAGCUAAUUUACUGAAAACUGACUUUCAUAAAUGUAUAUAAAAUGUUUUAGAAUACUUUAUUUUCUAUAAUGUUAUUUUGAUUAUCGAUAUAGUUUCGAGAAACAGAACUACCGUACCGUACGAGCCGUGACGUUUUAUAUUUAUUUAGGGAAUUAUCUUUUUAUAUUGCGACUGUAAUUUUGUAGAAGUUCAUAUAAAAUUUUGAAUUAAUAGUUUUACGUAUACAAGAGGCUACGGAGUAUUAUUUACUUUGUCAAAUAACAUAUAGAAUUGUAACGGUUUUUUUUAUUGAUUGGAGUUUACUUUUUAAGGAUUGAUUUAAUUUAAAGCCCAUUCUCCCCAAUCCUCCACGACCAAAUAAAAAGCAUAAUAUUUUUCAUUAAAGUAAAAAAAAAUAUAUUGUCCCAUAGCUGAAUAUUAAACUGUAUAAUAUUCAAUAAGCCAAGAUCCAUAAGAUAGUAUAAUUUCAACUUGACGUUUCUAUUUUAUUGCAUAGAGUUGGUGUACCAAAAUUUUGACAUAGAUAGCAGUGAUUUAAUAAAUUACCUAAAUAAUUGUUAAUUUUAAUAUAUUAGAUUAGUAUUUUCUUUUUAUUAUGUAAAUCUUAGUUAACACGUCAAAUUAAUUUCGUGGGCGCUGUCUAAGCAAAAUAUUUGGAAAUUAAAUAUCCAUUCUUACCAUAGCAAUAUGCGUACCUGACAAUAGAUGGCGGCAUUUUUUUAUGUAUGUGUAUAAUUUAUGUAAGAUGAUUUAUGUAUAUUUUAACGAAACGAUAAAAAAUUAAAAUAAAUUAAAUGCAUGCUUUCAGUAUUAUUAGGAAUACAAUUAUUUACCCUCUUUUCCUAUUUUAGGCAAUCACAAUUGAAGAGUAAACUCCAGUCGCGUAAAGAAGCUGACACGCACAUUUUUUUAUUCGAAUUUUUAGCCUAAGAUUAUAUGUGAUGUGUUAACUAUUAUUAUAAACAAUUCAUAAUUAAUUUGUCGGUAAGUACUAUGAUAGGUGAAGUACUAUUUUUCACGGUUAAGAAAAUUUUCGGAUAAAAGAGAAAGCAAAAAUAUAAAACUCAAAUUUAAACAAUAAAUUUUCCCUCUAGUAAAAUUGAUGCUGAUAAAGUUACAUUCACUACUAUUUUAACAGCAACAUUUUUGUGCCCAAAGUAAAUAUAUAGUGUAUCAGUACGGGUACGGGUCGAAUCGAUUAUCGAUUGUAGUAUUCGAUUAGUAUUACAAACUAACAAAGCCGAUCAGUUGGAAUUCGACGACGUGUAUUUUCGCGCUUCACGCACCGCAUGAUAUAGAAUAGUUAUUUGUGCAACAAGAGAGCAAAAUUGUUUUUUGUUUCGAGUGCUGAUUUUAAGUCCUGAGCGAAGGGAGGGACUCAACAGCACGAGAUGCAACAAACUUUGCUCCCAUGUUGCACACAUAACUCACCUCAGAGGUGAGAACACAUAUUACUUAGGAGACAUAGAAAUGAACAGGAAUACAUUGAAAUAACAUUUAUUAUUUAAUAUGAUUUCUUUACAUAUUACAAAUAUGUAUCUUUAAAUUUUAGGGUAUUACGCGUUUCCAAACGUGUUUCCUUUGAGGUCGAAUUCCAAAAUCGAUUUUCGAAGGGGUUUGUUUAAUUCACUCGCUUUUUUAUAUGCAUGUGAAAGAGACAAAGUUCAGUAAAAUUCGAAUGUUUUAAAUUUAUGGCUGAACAAUGUCAAUUCGUGGCACUGAAGAUAAAAAAAUUGAAAAGCUACUUUGACCCACGCUCUAAUCGAAAUCACGUUUUGUUCACUGUUGUCUCGCAACAAAAGCUGCAUGUUUGAGCUGCUGAGGAGAAAAAUGCAGUAAACAAUGAUUCGGCAAUAUGUCACGUAAUUUGUGUCGGAGUUAUUCUAGAAAUCCCAGAAUGUAUUUAGACGAACCUUCAGCGCUGUGUUUUCUGCAGAUGUGUCUGUACUGAGCACUUAAAUAAAUUAACAACUUGAAAGGCGUAAUCUGCCGGAAUUACUUUUUGCAAAUGUCACAUAUAGGUACCCUUGUUUUUAGACUUCUUUUCAAGGCCAAAUUUCUAAAGCAUGUUUUUAGACGAAUUGUUAAAAAAAUAUCGUAUAAUUUUCGUCUAGGUAACCUAUUCAAAUUUUAAAUAGGUAUUCAGUUAUAAAAUUGGUAUUUAAGGUAUCCGACUUUAUACUUCCCAGGUUGAGGAAUACCUAUUAGUGUUCAAUUGUUUAAUUUGUAUUGUUUUCGUGUACAAAAUGAGGCGUUUUCUGUGUUAGUAAUUUCUUCGAUGAAAGUGUAAUUUAAAAAAGCUGUAUGUCAUGUUAUUUAUUGUAAUAAACUGGUGUUUUUGUAA